AUGUCGAGUCAAGCUGUGUACGCGAACUCAUGGAACAGACCGCAGCCGCGUAAAGGGCCUGAUGUCCCCUACCAAAACGAUGCAGGCUCGAACCCUGUGCUUCGGGGCUACGCACUGGCCGUUGUCUCUAGAGUCAUCGCAUCGUCCACAUGGAUCCAGAGCGUUCUGUGGAAAUUGAACAAGUUCGACAAACUCAAAGACACGGCUGAUCUUGACCAGUAUGAGAUCCGUCUUGAUCCCACGGUCGCUCCCAUAUCCUCGACCUCUGAAAUUCCAGUACUCUUGACUGACCUACCGACGCCUCGCCCUCGAGCUUCCUCGCGUAACUACUAUACUUGCGCCGACUUCCAUGAGCUGUACAAGUCUGGCAAAGCCACCCCUUCGGACGUCAUCGAACAGCUCCUGCCUCUGAUCCGACGGGAUACCGAACCAGCCGGUCCAUACUCCGUCGCCUUCAUCGACUCUAAAGUGGACAUUAUCCGAGCAUCUGCGAAAGCGUCGACCGAGAGGUAUCGGGCGGGGAGGCCAUUGAGCCUGCUUGACGGGGUCCCGUUGACCGUGAAAGAUGAGGUCCAUCUAAAAGGUUAUAAAAGAACUCUUGGAACAAAGCUGGACUUCUCAGACCCGGGAGAUAGGACGGCUUGGUGUGUCGAAAAAUGGCAGGAGGCCGGUGCGGUGAUAAUCGGCAAGACCAAUAUGCACGAGGCCGGCCUGGACACAACGAACAACAACCCUAACUGGGGCACACCCUUGAAUCCUCACAACAAUAGCUACUAUACUGGCGGCAGCUCAGGAGGUUCCGCCUUUGCUGUGGCUUCGGGCAUUUGUCCCAUUGCUCUGGGAGUGGAUGGUGGUGGUUCCAUCCGUCUUCCAUCUGCCUUCUGUGGCAUCUACGGUCUGAAGCCGACUCACGGCCGGAUCUCUUCGAGGGUUGACCACGAAUGGACAGACAGCGUCGUGGUUAAUGGACCUAUGGCUAGCAGCAUUGAUGACCUAGCCUUGAGCUACCGGAUCAUGGCUCAACCAGACCCCUUGGCAAGGCGGAGCUCUCGAUUUCCCGAUCCUCGAGUCACGGAGGCUUCUUUAUCUAAGCUGCCCAAGGGUAAAAAAUAUCUUGGGAUCGACCGGACUUGGAUUCAACGAUCGGAUAAAGUCGUCCUUGACAUGUUCAAUGCCGCCGUUGAACACUAUGUUGGAGUCCACGGCUACGAAGUUGUGGACAUUACGAUCCCCCUUCUUCCUCAGGGCCAGAAAGCCCAUGCUUUAACUAUUUUGUCCGAAACCCGCAGUCAGUAUAGCACUGACAAGAUCAAGCAGCUGACAUGGCACAAUCAGCUCCUGCUCAAUGUGGCUGGCAGCCACGCGACAACGCAGGACUUCAUCUUCUCGCAAAAGCUCCGCAAUCUUCUGAUGUGCCAUCUUGCCUGGUUGUGGGAUGAACACCCCGGACUUCUGGUCUUGACCCCGACAACACCCUGCGCAGGGUGGAGAAUUAGUAAGUCUAGCGAUAUCACCAGCGGAUACGGUGUUAGCGAUGGCGACAUGAGCUUGAAGUCAAUGGAAUAUGUGUACCUGGCGAACUUCGUAGGCGCGCCAGCUAUUAGUUGUCCUAUGGGCUACACGGAUGCAAGUGUGCCUGUUGGACUGAUGGCCAUGGGAGAAUGGGGCAGCGAGGAGCAGCUGAUUGCCUUUGGGAAGGAGGGCGAGUCCUUACUGGCGAGCGGAGGUGGCGUCCGACGGCCAGCGGGCCAUAGGAUGUGGGUUGACGUCCUCACAGAGCUGAAUACUGUGAAAUAG